GCUAGCAGCGUUUGCUAGCCUCUAGCGGAAGUGGUCUGUACUCUUCUGCGUCAACGAUGGCGUCGCAGCAGAUGGUCGCGAGCAGUGCUCAGAUGGGCGUUCAGCAAGCGGCGGUUUUACAGCAAGCUCAACAGCAAGCUCAACAACAGCUCAGUCAACAACAAGAUUUUGAUCCCGUUCACAGAUUCAAAAUGCUGAUUCCUCUGCUCAAAGAUAGUUUACAGAACGUAAUGACCAUUGCUUCGCUAAAUUUUGGACACAAUGCAGCUAUUGACAACGGCUUAAACACAACAGAGAAAGGUAAUGAUGCUGCAGUUCAGCGAUUUGACAAAAGUUUAGAGGAGUUUUAUGCUCUCUGUGAUCAACUGGAGCUUUGCCUGCGGCUGGCUCACGAGUGCCUGUCUCAGAGCAUCGACAGCACAAAGCACUCUCCGAAUCUCGUACCCACAGCCACCAAGCCGGACACUGUGCAAACAGAGUCUCUGUCUUACUCCCAGUAUCUCAGUAUGAUAAAAUCACAGAUCUCAUGUGCUAAAGACAUUCAUAAUGCUCUCUUAGAGUGUUCAAAAAAGAUUGCUGGGAAGGUUCAAGGAGCUUGUAAUUAGUAGCUGCCAACUGUAUUUAGUUUGCUUUUUUAUUUUUAUUUUACAUAGCUUUGAUGCUGAUUGAGGAAUAUAUAUAUUUUGUCUGUUUACUUUUGUGAAAAAAUUUACUCGUGCAAUUAAAUUUAUAUAUUCUUGAAAAUAAAUUUGUGUGUGUGUUAUAAUAUACUUUUUUUUUAUCUAACAAGCUACUUAAGGGUUCUCUCUACUCUAUUGCAAAAUAUAUUUUAGUAUUAUUUAUAUACUAUGGUUAAUAUUAUUCAGUAGUAUUUAUUCAUAUUUAUAAUUGGCUUUUAUUUUCUUCUUUUUGUGUGUGUAAUUUUAUGUCUUGUCAUUUUUAUUAGAUUUUUUUUUUAAUAUUCUGAUUAGCUUUAACUACAUUUUAUUAAAAUUUUUGUUGUAGUAUUUAGCAUUUCAACUUUUAUUUUAUUUCAGUCAUUUGCCAAGGCAUUAUAUCUAAGCAUUUUCUAUCCAAUGAUUAUAUUUAAUUUCCACUUUAUUUGAAUCAAGGGAAAUUAUUUUGAAUGAUUUACAUUUCAGCAUUAACCACACUCUUUUUUUACGGGUUAGCACUUUUACUGUACUCCAUUCAUGCUUCUCUUUUAAGAUCUGUAAAAUCUGCAUUUUUCUUCUCCAAUAAAUAUGUGAAUAGAGA